AUUAGCUUAGGAUGGCGCUUUUCUGGGGUUGAAGAACGGAUAGGCAGGAAUGGAUGGUUCUGGACCUCAAGGGUCAAUUUGUUUGCUAUCGGGCUCAGGGCGGGUUCAGAUGAUUGUAGAAACAUUGCGCUCCGGCCUUGCAAAAAUACUGGGAGCUGAGCCGAGCAGGAUUUCUCUCACCGAGAACAUCGACCAAUACGCGUUCGACUCUCUUACACUCAUGCAGCUACGAAGUGUGAUACUGCGUGAGUUUAGGAUUAUAUUCCCUAUCAUGAGGUUUUUCCAAGGACCUAGUCUUCAGGACAUUGCAUUGAAGGUGGAAGGAUCCUUUUCAAAUGGUUCUCGUGAAGGGCAAAGCAUUCUCGAUAUAGCCAACCACGAGGCUGAACCAAUGUUAUUCACCGGAUUAUCAAUCGCGUCGCCAUGGUUCGUCCGGAGGGAGUCAGCCAACAGCUUCCAUACGCAGGUGGUAUGCUUUCAUUCCAUGGGCACCAGAGCCUCCCUUUUCGCACCGUUCUUGUUAAAUCCACCGGAUGGAAUGGAUGCAAUUGCAGUGCAAUUGCCAGGUCGUGAGACACGGGCCGACGAAGCAUUUCUAAUCAACAUGUCUGACGUUGUUUCUGGCAUACUUGGUGUGUUGGAAACGUCUGUUACCCGGAUGGGGUCGCAGGUUGAAGGACUUACACCAAAAGCUUUAACCUGAUUGAGUUUGAUGGAGAUCAUUGGUUCUUACAUCGAAAUCGGAAGCUGUUACUAGAGACGUGGGGCGGCCAUGGCCAGAUGAGUGAUCGAUAU